AUGGCUAAAAUCACCGACAAGAUCGCGGCCCUGCCGCCAGACAGCAACUACUUCUCCCUCGAGUUCUUCCCUCCCAAGACCCAGCAGGGCUUCUCCAACCUCCAUGCCCGCCUGUCGCGUAUGGCACAAGCCCUGCGCCCACUAUUCGUCAACGUCACUUGGGGAGCGGGCGGAAGCACUUCCACCAAAAGCCUCGCCCUGGCGGAGCUCACACAAAGAUCGCUGGGAUUGACAACAUGUCUACACUUGACCUGCACGAAUAUGAGCCGGAGACUGAUCGACGAGGCACUGGAGCAGGCAAAGGCGUUAGGUGUGCGAAAUAUCCUGGCAUUACGAGGCGAUCCGCCGCGCAGCGAAGAAUACCGGGAUGACAGCCAGGCGGCUGCAGAAGAGGAUGACAGCAACAAGGACUUCACGUGGGCCGUGGAUCUGGUCCGAUACAUUCGGAGACAGUACGGCGACUAUUUCUGCGUGGGUGUGGCGGGAUACCCGGAAGGCCACUCGGAUCAAUCGCACCCCGAACAUCAGUCCGUGGAGCAUGAUCUGCCAUAUCUUGUGGAAAAGACUGCUGCGGGGGCCGACUUCAUCAUGACGCAGCUAUUUUACGACGUCGAUGCGUAUCAACAAUAUGAGCGGACACUUCGAGAGCACGAGAGCGGUGUCUUCAAAACAAUACCGAUCAUCCCUGGCCUGAUGCCAAUCCAGAGCUACCAGAUACUCUGCAGAACCACCAAGCUGAGCCAUGCAUCCCUUCCAGCGGACAUAUCUAGCCGGCUUCAUGCUGUCAAGGGUGACGACGAGGCUGUUAAGCGCGUUGGUGUCGAUAUCCUCAGUGAGAUGAUUGGGAAGAUGGAGAAAUUGCCAAGCCCCGGACCGCGAGGCUUUCAUUUCUACACUUUGAAUCUGGAGAAGGUUGUUUCACAGAUCCUCGAGCGAUGCGAUCUUAUCCCAUCGACUCCACCGAUCAUCCUUGCGCCGCCAGAGAAUGGAGCUCAGGUCGAAGAAGCAAUUGUAGAGGAGGAGAGCGAAGGUUACAUGGUCGUCACAGACCUGAAGAAGCGUCGCCAGUCCUCUCUCGCCAACUCACAACCCCGUAACCGCGUUGUCGUAUCUCGCGAUCGUGCAUCGAGCGCCAGCAGCACACGCACCUCCGCUCUCGAAGCGCCGGAAGACCAAGCGGGCGUUCCAAAGGAUCGAAUCAACAGCCGAGCAAACACUCUCGCAAUCUCAGAAGGUCAAGGCGACCUCGGUCGAGAAGCGACAUGGGACGACUUCCCCAACGGCCGAUGGGGUGACGCCCGGUCACCCGCCUACGGCGAGAUCGACGGCUACGGCGUAAGUCUACACGUCAGUGCUCCCAACGCCAAACGGCUCUGGGGCGAGCCGAGCAAGAUCGCAGACAUCUCCGCCCUCUUCCAACAGCACCUGGAGGGCGAAAUCGAUGCCAUGCCGUGGUCGGAGGAAGCGCUGCAGCCCGAGACGUUGAUCAUCAAGCCGAAAUUGCUCAGCAUGAUCAACAAAGGCUGGUGGACCAUCGCAUCGCAGCCGGCGGUCAAGGGCGUCCGCAGCACGGAUCCGAUUUUCGGCUGGGGACCUAAGAACGGCUUCGUAUUUCAAAAGCCGUUCGUAGAGUUCUUCGUUCCUUCGGCCGAUUGGAAGCGGCUGCAGCAGGCUCUGGGCGAGGACGAACAAAUCACUUAUUUCGCCGGCAACUGGGCUGGCGACUUUGUCUGCUCGGAUGAGGAGUCCGUCAAUCCCGUGACGUGGGGCACGUUCACCGGGAAGGAAAUCAUCACGCCCACCAUCAUCGAGGCGGUGAGUUUCAAGGCGUGGUUGGAGGAGGCGUUUGGCAUUUGGGGCGAGUGGCAGCGCGUUUACGAGCCGGGGUCGAAGAGCAGCAAGUUGUUGGAGAAGGUGAGGAAGGAUUACUGGUUGGUGAACGUGAUUGACCAUGGCUUUGUCGUGCCCGGGGCAUUGUGGAAGGUGCUUUUGAACGAAGCUGCAUGA